GUCACUCCAUCACAGUUCCAUAGAGAAAGAGAGAGAGAAAAUGACAUUAUUUGGGAACACUGGCGGGGGAUUUAUCGGCGGUGGCAAGCAAGUACUUCCGGUAGAUUACCAAGCGGAGGUCUCGCAACGGCUCAUCGACGCUGCACAUUCCGACGACCUCAACUCUGCGAUGGAAUGCAUUGCAGACCCCUUCGUCGAUGUCAACUUCAUCGGAACCGUGAGCUUCAAGACUCGAAAAACAGAGAUCGUGUUACGCGAUGAGUCCGCUAGUGAAGUUCGAUUCGAGUUUGAAGAGUUUAGGACUGAGGUCACCGCUCUCUUCCUCGCUGCUCAUGCCGGAAAUGUGACGCUCCUCAGGAAAUUACUGAGUGUUGGAGCUAAUGUGAACCAAAAACUGUUCCGGGGCUAUGCGACGACAGCAGCAGUAAGGGAGAGCCAUAUUGAGAUAUUGGAGAUACUCGUGAAUGGUGGGGCAAUUCAGCCAGCGUGUGAGGAAGCUCUGUUGGAAGCAAGCUAUGUGGGGCAAGGCAGGCUUGCUGAGCUUCUCAUGGGCUCCAGCAUGAUUCGCUCUCAUGUAGCUGUCCACGCUCUUGUCACAGCAUCAUGUAGAGGCUUUGUUGAUGUGGUCGACACACUUAUCAAGUGUGGAGUGGAUCCCAAUGCAAAUGCUCGGGUGCUACUCAGGUCUUCCAAGCCAUCUCUACAUACCAAUGUUGACUGUAAUGCACUUGUUGCUGCCAUUGUCGGUCGGCAGAUCUCUAUUGUCAGACUGCUGCUACAGUCUGGUGUUAGUAUGAACAUCAAAGUGAGGCUCGGAGCUUGGGCAUGGGACAUGGCUACAGGAGAAGAAUUUAAGGUAGGAGCAGGGUUAGCUGAGCCUUACCGUGUUACUUGGUGUGCUGUGGAGUACUUUGAAGCUAGUGGUUCUAUCUUACGCACACUCCUCCAACACCUCUCCCCUAACCUCCCUCAUCUUGGGAGAACCGUCAUCCACCAUGCCAUCUUAUGUAACAAUGCAAGGGCAAUGGAUGUUCUUUUGACUUGCGGCGCUGACAUAGAAUUUCCAGUUCAAACGACAGAGAAAACAGAGUUUCGGGCUAUUCAUUUGGCUGCGCGACUUGGCUCAGCUAAAGUUCUCCAACACUUAAUCAUCAGUGGUUGUAAUCUUAAUUCCAAAACAGAAUCUGGUGAGACUGCACUAAUGAUUUCUGCGAGAUAUAAGCACGAAGAUUGUCUUAAACUUCUGGCAUCAGCCGGUGCUGAUUUUGGGUUGGUUGAUUCAGUGGGUCAAUGUGCCCUAUCAAUUGCUGGAUUCACACAGUGGACUCAUGUAUUCGAACAAGCAGUUCUAGAACUAAUUCGAGGUGGGAAAUUCGCAUACUCUAGCAAUGCCUCGAGUUUUUCAUCUUUAUUGUUUGUCACACGAGCCAAUGACAUUGAAGCCUUGAAAAAACUUGUUGAGAAGUCAGAAAUUGAUCUGGAUGAGCAGGAUGGAAAUGGGUUCUCAGCAGCCAUGAUUGCUGCAGCAUCUGGCCAUGUUGAGGCUUUUUGUUUGCUUGUGUAUGCUGGUGCUAACUUAAACCUGCACAACAAACAUGGUGAGACUGUGAUUACCCUUUCAGAAUCAAACAAGAACAGUGAUGUUUUCGAAAAAGUUAUUCUUGAAUAUGCACUCACUAAUGGAAGGUACAACUCUGCUGGAUUUCAUGCUCUGAAUCGGGCAGCAUGUUGUGGUGAGAUUGAGUCUGUUCGUAUGUUAACAAGGGCGGGUUAUGAUGUUAAUGUUGUUGACGUUGAUGGGUACACUCCGCUCAUGUUAGCAGCGAAGGGAGGUCAUGGGAAUGUUUGUGAACUUCUAAUCUUAAAUGGGGCAAUGUGUGACAUUGAGAAUGCAAGACUUGAAACUGCGCUUGCGCUAGCAAGGAAAAACGGUGUGGGAAAUGAAGCGGAACGUGUGAUAUUGGACGAACUUGCGCGAAAGCUUGUGUUGGACGGGGCAUUUGUUAAGAAGCACACCAGGGAAGGGAAAGGAUGUCCCCAUAGUAAAGUGUUGAAGAUGGUAAGGGUUUCUGGGUUUUUGAGUUGGGGGAAAUCAAGCAAGAGAAAUGUGAUAUGUAAGGGGGCUGAGGUGGGUCCCAGUUCGACAUUUUGGUGGAAUCGCCGCAAGAAGUUUGACGGUGGCGAACCGGGAGUGUUUCGGGUGGUUACUACCAAGAACAAGGAGGUACAUUUUGUUUGUGAUGGUGGGAUUGAAAUGGCUAAGUUGUGGGUAAGGGGGAUUGAGCUUGUGACUAGAGAAGCUAUAUUUGGCAAGCAACAAGAUGUGUGAAUGGUGCAUGUUAAUUUUGUUAUUUAACCCUUUGUAUAGUAAAUAUUUUGUUAAACAAUCCUUUUGUAUUUAUUUUAAUAGCUGAGCUCCUCGACAGGUCGGACCUGGACAGUCAGUC